AUGCCUAUGCACACCCUUGACGGCAUCGUUUUGAAGUUAUUGACGAAGCGCGGUGAAGAGCCAUUUCACCGAAUAUGCGAUAGCAAUUCUGUUUUGGUUUCGGGGCCCAAUCGUUCUUUCAAAGCGCGGAGGUUAAAGGAUUGGUCGUCGACAGCCCGAUUCAAGAACUUUAACCUUCCGGAUGGCACAGAGAUCGAGAGAUACUUUUUAUUCAACGACAAACACGUGGUCAGCAUGUACAUUUUCCCUAGGAAGGAAUGUGAUGACGAAUGGGACUAUGCAAAUGAAUGGGUCAUGAUUACAUGCAGCCGAGCCACAACGUGGCGCCUCGACACCUUGGACAUUGUGUUUGAACGCAGCCUAUCAACCGAAGAGAAGAGGAAAGGCUAUACAUUAAGAGUACGCGGUGGUGUCCUGGACCUGCUAAGCUCAUCUGGUGAGAUUUUGGGUCAUUGGCUGGUGGAUGGCGGAGAGACAUCCGCAGAAGUCGCAGAGAUGCUCAGAGAUUGUGCGUACUGCCCUAUUCGAAAAUUCUCCGACGGACACAGAGUAUCAUGUGACCUCCGACAUCCAGUUCUAUGGGAUAAGGAGGGAAACCCCAUCAAAGAUUUCCCGUGGCAGGACGACGAGAUAAGAUGA